CGCUGCGCCAUCAUCAGCCGAACUUCUGCCGGACUGCCUGCAGUCUCUUAAAACCAUUUUUCCUCACGUUUGAAAGAUCUCGGAAAAGGUUUUCUGCUCUAUUUGAUCAUUAUUUAUUUGAUCAUUAUUGGUAUAAUUUGAAGGAAAAAAACGGUUUUGAUCCAUGAGCAUUUCCUACUUCGCCGUUCCUGGUACAAGAUCAUUCUCCCUGUAAGGUGCAGACAGCUUGCGCAGACAUGGACUGACCUGCGGAGGCUGUGAUCGCUGGAGCGACUUUUCGUGUGAGGAGAUUCGCAAAAAUCAGAGGAUCGCUUUCUGAGGAAACGAGCUGUUUAGCUGCUGGGAGGCGCGCGCGCUUCCUUCUGGCGCUUGACAAUAAUUCACGGAGAACUUUUUUCUAAGGAUAAAAGCAAACAAACAAAAACUCUGUUUUGGAUAGUUCCCUCAACAAGGAAUCGCCUGAUGUGGCACUCCGUGACUUGUUGCGCUCCCGUUGCCUGUUUGCUGCGCUCCCGUCAUCUGUGGGAUUCGGUCUCAAAGUGACCCCCGGAGCGGCGUGCGUAAAAGACGCACAGGAGGGCGAGAGCAAGAGAGGGGGCCAUUUCACCAGCCUUCCCGGGCUCUAACUCUGUGGAAGCAGGUGUAUUUCUGCCGCCUGAAAGCCAAGAUGUCUCUAUUGCCUUCCAGGUUCAUAUACCUGUGUUUACAUUUUCUGGUGCUCUAUUUCCAGCUUCAGGAAUCCCAGCAGACCUCUGCUGAUUUUAGGAUUUACAUUGAAAAUCACACGAGGAACCCAGAUGACUUGAGCAGAAAGCAGGUCCGGAUCUACCAGCUUUACAGCAGAACCACAGGAAAACACGUCCAGAUUAUGGGGAAGAAAAUCAACGCCAACGGAGAUGACGGGAGCAAGUAUGCUCUCCUUGUUGUCGAGACAGAAACCUUUGGGAGCCACAUUCGAAUAAAAGGAAAAGAGAGUGAACACUACAUCUGCAUGACGGAGAAGGGCAAAAUUGUGGGACGGCCUGAUGGAAGAAAGCAUGAGUGUGUCUUUGUGGAGGAAUUCCUAGAAAAUAACUACACAGCUCUUGUGUCGGCCAAGUAUAAAGGGUGGUACCUUGGCUUUAACCGGAAGGGGAGGCCCAAAAAGGGUCCACAGACAACGCAGAAGCAGCAGGAAGCCCACUUCAUGAAGCGCCAGCCAAAAGGCUGGGUGGAUCCUUUGGAGGAGUUCAGAUUCACUACAGUAACUAAGCGGACACGAAGGGCUCGACGCUUAAAAUCCAACGCCAAGAGGAACUGACUGUAUUAGUGGCAAAGCACUAGAUAUCCCCACUGAAAGCUACUGUUCUGAAAAUCUCAAGCUUCAGAAAAGAAUGACCUUAAAGACUUCAGCUCUAUAAAUGAAAGACAGAGAAAAGAACAAAAGCAGGAGAAGAUAUUCUAUUUUUGUAUGCCUGGAUGACUGAAUAUUUCCUAAGUCUUGGAUUCUCCGGGCUAGAUUUUAUUGUGCCAUUGUCACUGUAAUAUUAUUUAUACGGAAAACUAAAAAAAACUGUGACAAAUCUCCUAUUGCAUCUGUGGUCAGCUACAUUUUAACUGCAAGCUGAAGGCAUACCUUCUUUUUGUCAAUGGAAGCAGAAGAAGGAGGUGACGCAAUGUUAUAAAAAUCAUCCAACUAGAGAUUUAUUGGAAUACCUGACAGUUGUUGUUUGUGUUGCUCCUGACAACCCAGAUCCCAUAUUUUCCACUGGAAUUAGACACCAUGGAGAUGAAACGGAGACGUGGCAGGUGACACUGCUGCUGGGAUAACUGUAUAGCUUUGAGGAUAGGUCUUUUUUCCCCUCGUUUUUCAUGUUUCGCCCCCUUAAGCUUCUCUUGCGGCUUCUUUUAUUUCUUUCUGUUGAACAUCAAACUGGACCCUUCAUUUAAGAGCUUGCCAAAUUUUAGGGCUGAAAAAAACUUUGUCUACCUCUUUGCACUUUGUUUAAAUUUUCCUGGUUUGACUGUCUAUGUUCAGUUUCUUAAAAUACCUUCUAAGUGUCUUCUUUAGUUUUUAUUAGGUUGCUUUUACUGUGAGACAAUUUUUACUUUCUUCAUUCUUGCUCCAAAAUGUCUGAUAAUCUUCUGUAAACUUACUGGUUUUGAUUAGGACCAAUUACUUUACAAAUUUAGACUUUCAGUAUUCAGUAUUUUAGACUUAGAACAACUCAGAUGUCAGGAUUCAGGGAACCCUUUCAGCUACAGAACUAUUCCCAAGAGGAAAAGACUGACUACAAAUGACAGUUUUCUUUCCUGUCUAGUAUGUACAGACUUGUCAGUUGGCAGGUGUUGUAAGAGUUGCUACUGACAAUAUGACACAUUUAUAUAUUUUUCAAACAAAUGUAAGAAAAAACUAAUUUUAUGACUAUUAUUAAAAUAUUUAUUGCCUCCCUUUGUAAAUAAAUUAUGAUUUUUAUUUGCCCUCUAUUAAUAAAAGCGAGG